UGAAGAAAACGCAAAUAAACAAACAAUCAAAUGUCAGCUGGCUAUUUGUUGCGCUUGGAACUGUUCUCAAUUGGCGCUUGCUAAAACUACAGCAAAAAUGCUUGCCGGUGGUAAUGGCGAUCCGAAUCCAAACGCAACCUGGCUCGAUUCCCGUGGUUUGUGGCUUGCGUACGUGCUUGGCAUCACUAUCUUCCACAUUGUUCUGCUGGCCAUACCGUUUGUGCAGAUCCCGUACGCGUGGACAAUUACGAACAUCGCACACAACCUGGCCCAUUUGUACUUCCUGCAUUGCAUAAAGGGCGCCCCAUGGAUGAGCAUCGAUGCGGGUGAGAAUCGUAAAUACACGCACUGGGAGCAGAUCAACUGUGGCGAACAGUUAACGACGACGAGAAAAUUCCUGACCGCUGCUCCAAUCGUUUUGUUCCUGCUGACGUGUCUUUACACGCGCAACGAUAUCGAUCAUUUUAUUGUCAACUUUAUUUCGCUCGUCGUGGUACUCGUACCGAAGUUGCCCCAAUUCCAUGGCGUACGUCUGUUUGGCAUAAACAAAUACUAAAAAGGGUUGGUGCCCGUGUGAAACGGUGUGGCUAAAAACGGAUUAACGCCCGUCAGGUCCGUCUGCAAGAGGAGCAGCAGCAGCAGCAGCAGCAGCGCCCCGUAGCGGGACGUGAGGCUGCGGCAAACCCGCUCGGAACAGGUCUGGUGGUGUAGACGCGGUGGUAGAGGUGGGAGCUGGACUGCUACCCUGCCGGAUCAGCAGCAGUAGCAGCACCAGCAGCAAAUUCAGCUGAUCGCUAUAAAUCGUGAAUACGCCUAGACAGGUAGCAGGUAACAAGACCGAACGUGGAGAAUUACUUUGAAUGCUGCAAAACCACAUCUUCACUAAUGCGUGGCGUUCAGCGUCUAGCAGAUGACCAAUAGCAACGGAGGAAGAAUGUGUUGCGUUGCGCGUUAAAGGAAGCGGCAGAUGUAACGACAGUAACUACCGUUUCGGUGCUGCAGGGGAUUACGCUAAACGGGCAGGUGCAGGAAGGCGCUGUGGACGUACGUUGGAUGCUGUAAGCCGGGCCGGGUGGACGGUAUAUGUUGGUGGAGGCCGGCGGAGGCGUAGGAUCGGACGGAACCGCACGAACGGUCCAGUAAACCAAUCGGUUCAGCGCCACCAUUGUCACGCACAAGGCAGGUCAGGUCAGCAGAAUAACUCACCACAACGUUUGGCGCCGGAUCAGGACGAUUUUUGUUCGUAUUAGAUUCAUAGCAAACUUUGCCGCAGUUCGCUUGCUUUCGUAACCGUCGGACAAGCGGGCUUGGGGCUGCGAUCACCGAAGAGGGGUGGUGGCAGUAGUAGUAGUAGCAGCAGCAGUAGUAGUAGCACCAGCGCUACUACUAGUACACAGGGGCCUUAUCCCUGUCACUUUUCUUGUUUUCCCGGUUCCAAAGCGGCUUAGAAAAUAAACUUUAAUCUGACUCUCGG